AUGGGUCUUCUCACUCCUCCUCAGCGGACCCAAAAGGUCAUUCCUGAUAAGCCAGCCAAAGGGCAUUUCUUCUUUGCUGGCAAGGAAUUUGCUCGUGUGCCUUGGUGGAAGAGGUCCAACAUGCGAAUUUUGUACUUUUACAUCGUUAUUCUCAUUCUGACUAACACUGCCAAUGGUUUCGAUGGUUCCAUGAUGAACGGUCUUCAAACCCUCUCCUACUGGCAAGAAUAUUUCAACCACCCACGAGGUUCCAUCCUCGGUCUGUUCAAUGCCUCUAUGAGUCUUGGUUCUCUCAUUGGACUCUUUGUUGUGCCUUAUCUGGUUGAUUGGGCUGGCCGUAAGGUCGGUGUGCAGAUCGGUUGCAUCCUCAUGCUGCUGGCUGUUGGACUUCAGGCUGGAGCUCAAAACUUUGGCAUGUUUGUUACCGCGCGUAUCAUCCUGGGUUUCGGUGAUUGUAUCGUUCUUGGAUCGGCGCCUCUUCUCAUCGCUGAGAUUGCCCACCCUCAAGAUCGUGCUAUUCUCGUGACGUUGAGUGGUGCUUCUUAUCACUCUGGUGCUUUCAUUUCUAGUUGGGUCACCUACGGUACCCUGCAGAUCAAGAGCAACUGGUCCUGGAGACUUCCCAGCCUUCUCCAGUCCAUCUGCAGUGUCAUAAUUCUCAUCGGAAUCUUCUGGAUGCCUGAGAGUCCCCGUUGGCUCCUCAGCAAGGAUAAGCACGACGAAGCGCUUAGGGUCCUCACCCACUACCAUGCAGAGGAUGAUCCCGAUGAUGAAUUCGUCCAGCUCGAGUUUAGCGAAAUCAAAGCCGCCAUCGCCCUCGACAAAGAGGUUGGACAGACAGCCUGGGUCGACUUCCUCAAGACUCCCGGUAAUCGUAAGAGAAUCGGCCUCAUCACUGCCCUUGGUUUCUUCAGUCAGUGGAGUGGCAACGGUCUGAUCUCUUACUACCUCAAGGGUAUUAUGGAUGCUGUCGGUAUUACCAAAGCUGAGACUCAGCUUGGUAUCAAUGCGGGUAUGAAGACACAGGGUUUGAUCAUCAACACAGCCUUUGCGUUCUUCAUUGAUAUUUUCGGUCGUCGUCCUAUCUAUCUCACCUCGACUAUCGGAACCUGUGUCAUCUUCACUUUCUGGACAAUUGUCUCAGCUCGAUAUGACAUCGACCCCAACAAGGCUCUUGGAUACGCCUUUGUGGCUCUGACCUUUAUCUAUGGUCUCUUCUACGACAUCAAGUCUGGUCUCAUGGCCAACUACACCACUGAGAUUCUGCCCUAUGGUCUUCGUGCCAAGGGUUUCACAUGGCUCAACUUCUGUGUUACCGCCGCGCUCUUCUUCAACCAGUACAUCAACGGUAUUGCUCUUGAGGCUAUGGGCUGGAAGUACUAUACCAUCUACUGUGUGUUCCUCGGUUUCGAAGUGUAUGUCAUUUACUUCUUCCUUAUCGAGACCCGCUACACGCCCAUGGAAGAAAUCGCAAAAUAUUUCGAUGGUGAUGCGGUUGAUGUUGGUGAGGUCGCUAGGGCCGAUAUGAAGGAGAGGGGUGUUAUGAUGACUGAGGUGGACUCUAAGGGAGCUCGUGCUACGGAGAUUGAGACUCGUUAG